UUGUGGUCUGAACUAAUGGAAAUUCAUGAGUGUGUGCGUGUUUGUGUUUUUCGGGGUGACGUCACUGACGGUGCGGUGGGUGGUUCCGUGAUACGCACCGGAGGAGCGGAGCUGCAACAUGGCUGCAGAUUACUGGGAGUCAGAAAAACUCGACAGUCUGUCAGACUGAACCGAGACAUAAAUAACUCGGGACAGACCGGGGCAAACCCUGCCGGUGUGGUCUCCAGGCUGGCUGCUCCACCCCCCUCAGCAUCACGCCCUCCCCUGCCCCCCCGACCCCCCCUCAUGGAGAGGAUGAGGAAGAUUAAACGGCAGUUGUCUCUCACUCUAGGGAGGGGAGGGGCUGGGGAAGGGGACAGGACGUUGAGUGACACCAUCAGUCAGGAAGUGACAUCACACAGUGACUCAGAGGUGUCUCUUCAUUCUUCUUCUGCUGGUAUGAACGUUCGAGGUUCUACUUCUUCUGUUCAGUCUAUCCUUCAGUCGUACAGCAGCUCACUGAGGAAACCGCGAGGCCUCGGACGCAGCCUGAGCUCCUACCUGAACCAUACCAACAGACUGGAGAUUGUCCACGAGGAUAUGAAGAUGAGUUCAGAUGGUGAAAGUGAUCUGGCUUCAUCUUCAGACGAUGUUCAGAGUCCAGUUAGAGUCCGACUGAGGAACAAGAAGAUCUCCACUGAGGACAUUAAUAAGCGUCUCUCGUUACCUGCCGACAUUCGUCUUCCAGAUGAUUAUCUGGAGAAGUGUAAUGUGAUUGGUCCAGCUCUGUUUGAGCAACCAAUCAGCAGGAGACUGCGCAGAGUUUCCCUGUCAGAGAUUGGUUUUGGAAAACUGGAGACGUACAUCAAACUGGACAAACUGGGAGAGGGGACCUAUGCUACAGUGUAUAAAGGUCGCAGUAAACUGACUGAAAACCUUGUGGCCCUGAAGGAAAUUCGACUGGAACAUGAAGAAGGAGCUCCGUGUACUGCCAUCAGAGAAGUGUCUCUGUUGAAGGAUUUGAAACACGCCAACAUCGUCACGCUUCAUGACAUCAUCCACACGCAAAAGUCCCUCACACUGGUGUUUGAGUAUCUGGACAAAGAUCUGAAACAGUACUUGGACGACUGUGGAAACCUGAUCCAUGUUCACAACGUCAAACUCUUUCUUUUCCAGUUGCUUCGAGGUUUGUCUUACUGCCACUGCAGAAAAGUUCUUCAUCGAGACCUGAAACCCCAAAACCUGUUGAUCAACGAGCGAGGAGAGCUCAAAUUGGCAGACUUUGGUUUGGCUCGAGCGAAGUCAAUCCCUACAAAGACAUACUCUAAUGAGGUGGUGACGCUGUGGUAUCGACCCCCAGACAUUCUGCUGGGCAGCACCGACUAUUCCACUCACAUCGACAUGUGGGGUGUUGGGUGUAUCUUCUAUGAGAUGGCAACAGGUCGUCCGCUGUUUCCUGGCUCCACUGUUGAGGAGGAGCUACACUUCAUCUUCAAACUGCUGGGUACUCCCACAGAGCAGAGCUGGCCUGGGAUCAGUUCCAAUGAGGAGUUUGUAACAUACAACUACCCUCAAUACAGAGCAGACACACUGAGUAACCACACUCCCAGGCUCAGCAGUGAAGGAGUGGAGCUGUUGUCAGAGUUCCUGCAGUUUGAGGGGAAGAAGAGGAUUUCAGCAGAUGACUCGAUGAAUCAUCGUUACUUUAGUAACCUUGGACACAGAGUGAUGCUACUUCCUGACACCACGUCCAUCUUCAGUCUGCCAGAGAUUCAGUUGGAAAAAGAAACCACCAAGCCAACAGCAACACCUAACCAAGCAAACAGUCCAACCAGAAGGCGGAGUAUGCUCUUCUGACACCACCAGGGGCAGAAUCUGCUGCAGGACAAACAAAGGGAAACAGAAGAGGAAGUAAAAUUAAAGAAGAAAACAAGCAGAUGUUUCUGAAGCUGUUGUUUAUGAAGAGAAGAAGCUGAAGCUGAGAGAUGCAAUAAUGAAUCACAGCAGCCAUCUGACCAGUCAGAGUACAGUAUAAAGUUUCACCUCAAUGCAUGAAGAGAUGAAUGAAUGAAUGAACAAGUUAAAGCUUACGGAACUGAUGUUGGAGUGAAUUAUGUCUUCCAUUUUCACUUCACAGAGUAAAAACUAAAAGGCUCUAAUCAUAUCCUGGAAAACCUGGAAAAAGACUUGGAAGCACCCGCAUACAAUCAGGUGUCACCUGUGUGAAGACCUGCAGUGUCUGCAGCAGCACUGUUAGAGUUGCACCAGUUUCAGUUUCACAGAAAAACAUCAGCAAUGACACAGUAAACACAUGUGAUGGCAACACAAACGCAUUCAGACUGGUGACAUCACAGGUGAUCAGUGUUUGUGUGACUGUUUGAAGCUGCAUGUUUUUUUUAAAUAUAAAAGAAACACGUCACAAAAGAAAGAUCUGUUAGAUUAGUCAAAACAGAUCAGUUUGUCCUCAUUAAGUUGGCCCUUUACCUGAAUUCAAAGUACACUUGUUUUAAAGCUUAAUGUCGGAGUGUAUCAUCAGGUCAGGCAGUAAGUGCUCCAGACAGAUUUAUUUUCACCUGUUUCACAUGCACAGUGGGUUAGAAAGCAUAAAUACUGUCUGGCUGCAGUAACACAGAGAGCAGGUUUCAUUUAAAAUGAGGUUGACAUUUAAGUGAUGAACAUUUUUAAAUUACAGUUCAAAACUCUAUAAUGUGAUUCUGCCGCAGUACAGUGCUGCGUUUACUGUACAGGUUCUACAGUACAGCGGUUUUCAGAAAAUGAAAUUGGAGUCUUUUACUAUAAACAUGUGAAACUGGUUUCUGGUGUUCUGCAUGUGUGUGUCCUGUGCAUCACUUCAUUGUAUACUGUUACGUAUAUAUGCACUACCAGUCAGUCAGUCAAGCCAAAAUUUUCACUGACAGUGUAUAUGUAUGUGUAAAACUACUACAGCGAUACUGUAAAUAUACAUUGUCAGGGUUUUUUCUUUGAGUAGAAACCCACACACAAACACAACUUUAGACCAGGUUUUAUUUUUAGGUGGAACAAAUGACUUAGUUGUGUUGUUUAUUUACAGCUGGUUUGUCUUUGUAAACAAAUGUUAAACUAACAUUCAGAACUGACUCAGAGCCACGUGAAGAAGCGUUAACCUCACCUAGUAACCGGUAACUUGGAACCCCCACUUUGCCAGUUUCAGGUCAUUUUUCUUCACAUUCACAUCAUUUUAGACAAAUGUAAGUUAUUUGAAACAUUUUUUAGUUUUUUUUAAUGAUCUUUUUUCAGGUUUAGAAGUGUUGCGGUUUUUUUAAACAAAAUGUUGUUGCAGAUGUUAAUUUUUUUUUUUUUUUUUUUUGCUGUGACUGAAUCUUAGCAAUAGUAAAAUAUUGAUCA